AUGAGUCUUGGGCUCUCCUCUAUUCCCUUAGGAAAUAUGGGAGCUGCUGAGAUGACACAUUCAAAUAGAGACAUGGAAGUGUCAAGUGUUAAUUGUUUUCCUUUGAGACCAACUGGUUCUCACGCAAAUAUUGGUGAAAAAAUACGUAGAUCAUCGAAAUUAUCAAUUCCUUUUGGCCUUCGUGGUAUUCCAAGUAACGUGACAAAAUUACCACCGUUAAAUGACUCAGACAAAUUGAAAAUACCGAAAUACAAUUCAUGUGAUACUCCGAGUGACCAAAGCCAAGUUGGCGUUGCCCGCCUUCAAGACAAGUUAUCACAAACAGAUAAAUUCGGUCGUUUAUUCACACAAUUCAUUCAAAGUUGCUAUAGCACAGAAUUACACGUAGCCAUUGAAUCAACGAUCGCCAGUAUUACGAAAGCAUCAAAUGUUAUUUUCUGGCAAGAUGUUCCAUCCGUAAAACAACUUUAUUCACGUAAAUUAGAAAAAUCCGUUUCAUAUCAAGACGGAUUAGUCGGACACACAUAUUCAUCACGUCAUUUAGUCAAAACAGAUCAUGCGCAAAAGCACAGCGCAUGGACUGUUCAAUCAGACCAGCAGAUUUGUCCAAAUGACACUCCUGUUUUACUUUUCCCGUUGUGGGACUUCAGGGACAACGUUGUAGCUGUUGUUGAAGCCACGAGGCCACCAAGGGAUCCAUUCUUUGGCCAAGAUAUUGAAGAAUUCAUAGAAUAUUUCACACAACAGUUCAGACUCUAUUCCAAGUGGCUUCUUCCAACCGAAAACCCUCUAGACUUGAUCCAGGAUUUAAUGGUUGCCUCAAAACUCGAAGAUUUCCUUCUAGAUAUGUCAGAAAAAUUAAUAAAUUUCUUUAAGUGCAGAUUCGCAGAGAUAUGGUGUUUCGAUACAAAACUACAGAUGUUACAAUGCUUUACAACUACUCAAAAACCAAUGGAACUCAAGAAUUCCGGAAUUGUUGGUUAUUGCCUUAUAAACGAGUGCCAACUCAACCAACAGAACUCCAAGUGGCACAAGGCUUACUCCCCGGACACAGAUGGCUCCCAAAGUGAGAACAUUUUGGUAAAUGUCCACAUUGACGUUCUUUCCGGUAAAAAGUGGUCGUUGGUCUUACGUGGCUCUCAAAAACUUCCUAUCUUCACAAAUUGCGAUGAAGAAAAUUCCAAAAUUAUUUUACCAUUUUUGGCAACAUCUAUACAGAAUUGCAUGAAGAUAAACAACUCUACAAGCAAUACAGAGCCACGAAUCAUCCAAAUGUUCGAGAAAAUCUCGAAAGAAGAUAAUAAUAUUUCAAUAUUAAACGAAACACUUAAAGCGAUCACAGAAUUGACCAAAUCAGACAGAACAGUACUAUAUACCAAUGAUGCCAACAACAAUUCCUAUCAAAUUAUCGCUUUUGAAGGAAAUAUGAACAUAACAAACCAUUUUGUAGCGAAAGACAAAGGAAUUGUAGGGAGAACAUUCAACGAGAAGAAGGUUUUCAAUAUAGAGAACGCUUCAGAAGACAAAGAUUACGAUGAUUCCCUUGAUAAAAAAUCAAAUUACGAAAUUAAGUCAGUUUUAUCGUAUCCCAUCCUUAACAAUGAAGAAGAUGUUGUUGCCGCAAUACAACUCAGCAACAAGGAGGACCAAAACCAGUUUUCCCAGACAGAUAUUAAAAUUUUAUCAUUAUUUUCGAAAUUUAUCAGCUUCGUUGUCGAAAACGAUCAGUUUAAGACACAAGAAAAUAAUUCUCUACAACAAGAUGACGAAGUUUCCCAGUUUAUUUCGAAAGAUGAAGAAAAUAAAUUUAUUAUCCCUUCAAAACUGGAAAAUUCGAAGAUUUCCAACAUAUUUGACCUAGAGUUCUAUACCAUUGAUUACAUUGGUACCGGAUUAUUCGAAAUUGCGUUCAAAAUCUUCAAUGAAUUUGGAAUUCUCGAAAAAUUCCAAAUUUCAUCUUCUCUUUUCCUUAAAUUCCUUCUUAAACUACGUCGUAACUAUAACAAUCCUCCUUACCACAAUUGGACACAUGCAAUUGACGUUUUGCAGUAUGUUUCUUACGAAAUUAAACUGACAAACAGUCAUAACCACUUAAAGAGCCAAGAAUUGUUAUCUGUACUUGUCGCAGCACUCUGCCAUGAUGUAGGACACCAAGGAUUCAACAAUGCCUACAAUAUCAAUGUGAAAACACCGUUUGGAAUACUUUUUAAGGACACAUCCGUCAUGGAAACCUUCCAUUGUGCUAUGGCCAUAAAGAUUUUGCAGGAAGAUGACACUAAUUUGUUUUAUUCUCUAAAUGACAAUGAUCUUUCCAAUGUUUGGAGCUGGAUCAUACAUCUUAUACUUGCAACUGAUAUGGCAAAGCACUUUAAACUGAUUAAAGAGAUGAAUGACACAAUUUCAUCUCGAAAUCUUGACAUGGAAAGUGAAAAUGACAGAUUGUGUUGCAUGGAAAUGAUUAUGAAGGUCGCAGACAUUUCUAAUGUAUCAAGACCUUUCUUCAUUGCUGAUAAAUGGUGUGAUGUCCUGCAAGAUGAGUUCUGGAGACAAGGAGAUAUGGAGAAACAACACGAACUGAGUUAUUCUUCACCUUUGAUGUCGAGAGAAGGACAGAACAAAGCAAAGGGACAGAUUGGUUUCUACAAAGCUGUUUGUAUUCCUCUUUACUCAUUAGUUGCAAGGAUUUUCCCUGAACUAAAUAAGUCUUUGGAUUCUGUAAAUGCAAAUCUAAAGGAAUGGGAAAGAAUCGAUGCACAAAACUCAGCUUAG